GAUAGCGUUCGGAGCCCAUCAAGUCGUGGAUCUCGACUUCUCCAAUCCGACGCGCGCGGUCGUUCAUGCUGGACCGCUUUAUCGCCAGAAUGACCCAUUGAAACGGAGUGUGAAUGGAUGGAAGGAGUUAUGGGUGAUACUGUUCGAUAACUACUUGGUCAUGACCAAGCCGAAGGGCAAGGGAGAUGAUCUCAAAUACGUCGUUUGGAAACCACCGGUGCGCGUGGAGUUCCUCGUCCUCUCCAGCCUGAGCAUCCGUCCUGUGCAACGAAGCAAUACCUUCACUCGCAUGAUGCGACCUGGCCGUGACUCGCCAGACCUUUCGUCCGUUCUCGUAGACUCGCUUGCGGAAGGCAGUCACGACAAGAGCUACCAUCCACUAUCGUUCCACUGUUACGGAAAGCAUGGCGGGACGUACACGCUCUACGCUGCGACUCCAGACGAACGCAACGAAUGGCGGAGACGGAUGAAGGAGGCGAUAGGGGCGCGAAGGGCUGCUCAAGCGGAGGGAAGCGUCUUCCAGGUAGAAACUAUCACAGACGACACCUGCUUGCCAUCUGCACACCAUCCUGGGCUGAUCACGGGAAGGAUAUCGUGCUCAUUGCCAUUUGCCAAGGACGGCCACAGUCUGGUUGCCGUUGGAAGUGAGGAUGGGAUAUGGAUAGGGAUGCUUCAUCAGCCGGACACCUUGCAACGCGUCGUGUCUGUCAAGCAUGUAACGCAGCUUGCGUUUCUUGAAGAGCAAGGCUCGCUUCUUGUGUUGGCAGACAAGGUGCUGCAUUCUAUCGAUAUCGAGAGCAUUGUCCCAACGCCUGUGCCUCGGCAGCACGCCCAUCAGCCUGUACUAGGUUUGCAGAGGCUGAGUAGGCAGGGCAAACACGUUGAUUUCUUCAGCGUCGGACGACAAGCAGGCCGUAUUCUUGUGGUGUAUAAGCAGCGGCGAGGACUAGAUAGUGUAUUCUGCGUGCUGGAGGUUGCGGAUCGCGUGUCGGGAAAUGCUUCGCUGGCUACAGGGUUCAGAACUGCUAGGGAGUUUUUCCUGCCUUCCGAUUCAACAGAUCUACUCUUUUUGAAGACGAAGAUUUGCGUUCUGAUGUCGAAAGGAUUCGAAAUUAUGGACCUCAUGGAAUUCCAAAGCGUCACCAUACCACAAGAAGAAGAUUUGCGCAGGCUUGGGAAGCGGGCGACGACGUGUAAGCCCUUAGCAAUGUUCCGACUACGAGAAGACGAGUUCUUCCUAUGUUACGAUGAGUACGGUAUGUACGUCGACAAGCGUGGCGCGCCCUCUCGCUCGCCGCCAGUCAUCGAAUGGGAAGGGAUCGCCUCCCAUGCAGCCUGGCACCCGCCAUAUAUUCUCCUCUUCGGACCUACCUUCAUUGAGAUUAGACACGUCGAGUCAGGCCGCCUCGCGCAGAUAAUCACGGGGCAGGAUAUACGCUGCAUCUGGGACGGCCGAGGCCUUAUUCGUCCUGAGGGCUUUGACGAGUUUGACGACCCCAGGACCCCGCGUGUCCAUGCCGUGCUGGACGAUUCGGAGAUGUCGAGCUCGUUUUCGACGAACCAGCCGCAUUCGCGCAGCCCGCCCAAGCGACAGCACGUCGUCGUGCUCGCACCGACAGAGCGUCUCGUCGUGCCCGGGACCCGGUAUUCACCCUCGUUGCUCAGCGUUGCGGACACGCUUCCUGUUUACGUUCCUUGAACCUCAUCAAUUCUCGUCUGACAACCUC